AUGGAUGGGGCGCGCUGUUGUUUAAGGACAACGGGUAAGUUUGGGCCACGGGGGGGUGCUUGGGAAAAAGCCCCCCAUAUAAUUGCACAGGCUGAAGCGAGGGCCGUCGGAUUGGCCUUGCUCGCUUUCAAGGGGAAUCUGCCUAUUACACUCCAUAUGUGUAUCGACAACACGGCGGUGGUGCAUAUCAUGAAGAAAGGCGACGCGCAUUCCGAUGGCCUGGUGGGGGGGGCGGGGCUGAUCGACAGGGUUCUGCGGGACCAAGGCUUGCACGCCACAUGGGGCUAUGUCGCGUCGGAAAAUAAUCCUUCGAAUGGUAUAUAA